AUGGACCAGGAGGCCCAGGAUGCCAAGCUGAUUGUAGAUCUUUCAGAAGCAUUCAAUAAGGACGAGGUGUGGCAGCUGGCCGCUGCAGAAGCAUUGAGCAAGGCCACGAAUCUGGAACGUGUGCUAAUUCGCGGUAGCACAGCGGCCAAACAGCUGAAGCUCGUGGAUGUGCUUAUCCGUAAAACCUCGGCGGCUGGCCUCGGUGCGGGGAGCGCGGCUGGAGCCGGGCUGCCUGACUACAAAAGGCGUUUCCUUGAGCUCUUGUCGCUUGGCAACAUCCAGAGGCCAAAAACCGCUGUGCUGAACCUCAUCAUGCGGCACUGCCCUGCCCGGAUGAUGGUGCUUGGCGAUUGCAACGAUGCGGUGGACCUGUACAGGGAGGCUGAGCUCUUUCCUGGACCUUCUACCGAGGGCCACCUGCUCACCCAGCAUGGACUGAGGGUCAAUGGGCCCCUGUUUCCUAACCCUGCUGAGGGCAGUGCAAGCCUGCUGAUUGGAACGACACGUGAAGGCUUGCCCGUUAUAGUCAAGCUGCUUGCUCAAGUAAGCAGUGCUGACAGUGAUCAGCAGCCUGGUGGUGCAGAGGCGGAGGCAUGCCGGGCGCUAAUGGAGUCAAAGCCUGCAUCUGUGCCGCUGGUGCCAGCACACAUUCUCACCUUCAAACUCGGUGCCGAGCACAAGUCCACUGUCAACCGUGUUCCAGGCCUGUACGCAGCAUUAUGCAUGCCACGGUAUGUGUCAUCUCUCGUGAAGAUGGUGCCACUGCCGGCAGCAGCUGUGCUGGCGGGAGGCAGGCGCAUGGCUGCAGCAUUGGAAUGGAUUCACCAAAAAGAGUACACACACAUGGAUGUCAAGGGAGACAACAUAUUCGUGGACUCCAAGGGCAGGUGGUGGCUGGGCGACUUUGGCUCCACGGUUCGCACAGGCUCGCCAGUGACAUCCACCACCCUCUUUUUUGCUCCCUGCACACUCCUGGGCCUCCCUGCAAAGUCACAGUACGACUGGCACAUGCUUGCCGUGGCGCUGGUGUGUGAGAUGAACCGGAACAGCUGGAAAGAGCUGUUGAUCAAGGGUGGCUGUUCGCCUCCUGAGAACCUGAUUGCGGCCGUUAAGGAGCUGCACAGGCGUGAGGGCUGUGAAGAGCUGGCCUGCUUUUUGAACCAGCUGCUUAAGAGGGCAGGAUAUCUGUUUGGGCCGUGUGAUUCAUUGCACAAGCACUGCUGGCAGCAGGUUGUGAAGACAUCAGCAGCAGCAACCAUGAUGGGGCAGCCCCAGCAGCAGAGAUCCAGCCAGCAGGCCAUUACAGGCUUCUUCACCCGUGGCAGGAGGUGCAUUGCAGCAAGAGCUCAAGUAGCCGGAACAGCCCGGCCAUGGCAGCUCCACGAACAAACCCAGCCGCAUCAAGAACAACUACAACUACAACAACUACAAGAACAGCUUGUUGGUGCCGGCGGUAUGGGUGCAGGUGGCCACGAUGGUGGCGAAGUCAUUCGUGGUGACAGUGCCAGCAGCAACAGUAGCAGUUAUCUGAACAACCCUGCAGCGGUUUUUGGCCAAGCAUCGCAGCGCUGUCCUCCGCAGCCCGAUUAAACCUGUCUCGAGGGUGUUCUAUAGUUGUCCCUGAAAGCUACAUCAACCUUUUAAUUUCACCGCACUCUUUCCUGCUGGCCCUGCAUUAUGAACACGAAGACCUUUCUCCCUAGCUUCCUCAACCUUGCAGCUGGCGGGGUGGCCAUCUCACGCGCAACCCUGGUGAACGUAACUGCCGGCAGACCUUCGUAAAGCCCAACAGCGCUACCACAGCUCAGACAGCACAACCAACGGCCGCCAGACUCUCCCUUUGCGCUUGCGCUGCCAGGUUUCCUGACUGCAGCGUUGCUGGUUGCGUCCCCGGUUCCUCCCUGGUUGCGGUUGCGGGAGAGUCUGGAGGCCCACCAACUCAUGUCAGCCCGAGGCUUAAGGCCCACCACCAACUCAUGGGCAAUCCAGAUACGGCCACGCGCGAACACCUCGAAGGUCGCACUGCUGCACAUCUCGAGGAGAUCGUGUGGGCAGUAGAACCCCCGCAGCCAGAUCCCAGCGCCACCGCUGAUGUUGACUCGAUGCCUGACUGUCUCGCAGGUCAUCAGCUCAAUCGCCAUCACACCUCCUCCCCUUGCUAUCCAUACAGCCUAUCGCACCGGCUUGUCACAUGCUGCCCUAACGUAUCUCCUAACGUAUCUCCAUGUCUGCCUUUCUACGAUAGGUAGCCAGAAGAGUGGAAGACGGAUUUGCUAAGUUGAUGCCAAAAACGACCGGAUAACGGAAUCGAGCAGCCAAGGCCGGAAGAAGCCUUGCUUGAUAUGUGUAACCAGCAACAAGCACCUGAGAGAUGCUCAUCCGCCAUCUCAAGAAGAGGGGUUCAAAAUCCGGCAUUACCUUCAAUGAGGCAAAAUUUUAAUGCUCAGCGAGGG